GGUCAAGGAGUCCCUAGAAGCUGGGCAGGUCCAGAAGGUUUAUCGGCACGUGUCAGGGUCCCUUACCUGUCGUUCGCGGCAGGAUAAAGCCUCUGGCAUCACCAGACUCGGUCCGUCCUGCAGAAGGGCCGGCGUGUGGCCGCGCGCUUCCUGUGGGGCCCCCCUCGUGCCUCGGCCGAUCGCUCGGGGACUGCUCAAAGCCCAGCUCUUUCGUAUAUGUCACUGGGUGCUAGAUCUCCUGCUCCUGGGAUGAAAAUAGGUGUGCCUCCACGCAGAUUUUAAAAGCAGUUUCUCUCCAAAUCAUCAUCUUUCAUACCACCUGAUAAGCAUCUUGAUUCACCAUGGCAUUAGCAGCAGUAAAAUGGGCGAUAUCAAACAGAACUGUCUUGAAACAUUUAUUUCCAAUUCAAAACGGAGCUUUAUAUUGUGUUUGUCAUAAAUCUACGUAUUCUUCUCUUCCAGAUGACUAUAAUUGCAAAGUGGAGCUUGCUUUGACAUCUGAUGGCAGGACAAUAGUAUGCUACCACCCUUCUGUGGACAUUCCAUAUGAACACACAAAACCUAUCCCUCGGCCAGAUCCUGUGCACAAUCAUGAAGAAACACAUGAUCAGGUGCUGAAAACCAGAUUAGAAGAAAAAGGUGAACACUUGGAGCAAGGACCCAUGAUAGAGCAACUGAGCAAAAUGUUCUUUACUACUAAGCACCGCUGGUAUCCUCGCGGACAGUAUCAUAGACGUCGUAAGAAACUGGAUCCUCCAAAAGACAGAUGAUAUUGAGGUUUUCAGUAAUCAAGGAGAAAUGUUAUCCUGUAUCUCAUUUGCCGUUUGAGAAAAUGCAAUUGAGUAUAUUCAGUAAUAUGUUAUAUAGUAAAAUAAUAAUAAAAUGUCUUUUCAUAUAUUAGAAUGUGUAUUUCCUUUUUUUGUUGCAGUAUAAUUGACAUAUGACAUUAUAUUAAAGUUGUACAACAUAGUGA